UAUCAAUAUUUAUCAUCUAUUUUAUUGAUAAUAAUAAUCGUCAUCAUCAUCAUUCAAAGAUACGCUGAACCCGGUCAUUCCCGGACAGCUCCAUUCAAUUGAAGCCGACGUAAUGACAAAAUGCCUGGCGGUCGUAGAGGUCUCGUUGCGCCUCAAAAUACAUUCUUGGAGAAUAUUAUUCGUCGAUAUAACUCGUUGCCUGAUUGCAGUUUUUUACUUGCCAAUGCACAGAUUGUCGACUAUCCAAUUGUUUAUUGUUCGGAAUCAUUUUGUCGUAUAUCCGGUUAUAAUCGUGCCGAAGUUAUGCAAAAAAGUUGCCGUUGUACAUUUAUGUAUGGUGAGAUGACCGAUAAACAAACAAUAUCAAGAAUCGAACAAGUAUUGGAUAAUCAUGUUAUUGAACAAUUUGAAAUAUUAUUAUAUAAAAAAACACGACCGAAUUCAGCUGCUUCGGCACCAGGAACGCCAAUUAGUCGCCAUAAUGCAUCUUCUAGAUCAAGCUCAGGCACACCAUUAUGGCUAUUAUUACAAGUGGCACCGAUCAAAAACGAAAAAGAUGUGGUAGUAUUGUUUUUGCUCACAUUUCGCGAUAUAACCGCAUUAAAACAGCCAAUCGAAGAAGAUGCACAAAAAGGUUUAAGUAAAUUUGCCCGUUUAGCUCGUUCGGUAACACGUAGCCGUUCGGUACUUGCUCAACAAUUUUCAUCACAUUUACCAGUUAUAAAAGCUGAAACUAGUUCAAAUAAACAAUAUCAUUUGGGCCAAUUGAUUAAUUUAAAUUCAGAUAUAUUGCCACAAUAUCGACAAGAAGCACCGAAAACACCUCCGCAUAUAUUAUUACAUUAUUGUGCAUUCAAAGCUAUUUGGGAUUGGGUCAUAUUAUGUUUGACAUUUUACACUGCCAUUAUGGUUCCAUAUAAUGUUGCUUUUAAAAAUAAAACUUCCGAAGAUGUUAGUCUUCUCGUGCUUGACAGCAUCGUUGAUGUGAUAUUUUUUAUUGAUAUUGUGCUCAAUUUUCACACAACAUUUGUCGGACCUGGUGGUGAAGUAGUAUCCGAUCCGAAAAUUAUUCGUGUCAAUUAUCUCAGGAGUUGGUUUAUUAUUGAUCUACUUUCAUGUCUGCCUUAUGAUAUAUUCAAUGCAUUUGAUCAUACGGAAGAUCAAGGUAUCGGCAGUUUAUUUAGCGCCUUAAAAGUAGUUCGCCUAUUACGACUUGGCCGUGUUGUAAGAAAACUGGACCGUUACCUUGAAUAUGGUGCUGCAAUGCUUAUUCUGUUACUUUGUUUUUACAUGUUAGUCGCUCAUUGGCUAGCAUGUAUUUGGUAUAGUAUUGGUCGUAGCGAUUCGGAAAACUACCUCACUUAUAGUUGGCUAUGGAAAUUAGGCAAUGUUACACAGUUUCCAUUUCAUCUAAGGCCUAAUAAUAUAACAGCACGUGUCGAACUUGAAGGUGGACCAGAAAGAUCAACAAUGUAUAUAACAUCAUUAUAUUUUACAAUGACCUGUAUGACAAGUGUUGGUUUUGGUAAUGUUGCACCCGAAACUGAUAAUGAAAAAAUUUUUACCAUUUGUAUGAUGGUCAUUGGAGCUCUAUUGUAUGCAACGAUUUUCGGUCAUGUAACGACCAUCAUACAACAAAUGACCAGUGCUACAGCCAAAUAUCAUGAUAUGUUGAACAAUGUACGAGAAUUUAUGAAAUUACACGAGCUUCCAAAAGCAUUAAGUGAACGUGUCAUGGACUAUGUUGUUUCAACAUGGGCUAUGAGUAAAGGAAUUGAUACGAAAAAAGUAUUAAGUUAUUGUCCUAAAGAUAUGACCGCCGAUAUUUGUGUCCAUCUUAACCGGAAAGUGUUCAAUGAACAUCCGGCAUUUCGAUUGGCUAGCGAUGGUUGUUUACGUGCUAUGGCCAUGUAUUUUUCAAUGGAUCAUAGUGCGCCUGGUGAUUUAUUAUAUCAUGUUGGUGAAUCAAUUGAUUCAUUGUGUUUUGUUAUUUCGGGAUCAUUGGAAGUGAUUCAAGAUGACGAAGUGGUAGCCAUUCUGGGUAAAGGCGAUGUAUUUGGUGAUGCAUUCUGGAAAGAGCCAACCAUAGGACAGUCAUGUGCCAAUGUUCGAGCUUUGACAUAUUGCGAUUUACAUGCAAUUAAACGUGACAAAUUGAUCGAAGUACUUAAUUUUUAUCAAGCAUUUGCAAAUUCAUUUGCAAGAAAUUUAGUGCUCACUUAUAAUCUUCGACAUCGGUUAAUCUUCCGAAAAGUGGCCGAUAUAAAACGCGAACAAGAAUUAGCUGAAAAACGAAAAAAUGAUCCACAAUUAGAUUUAGCUCAAGAUCAUCUUGUAAGAAAAAUUUUUUCUAAAUUUCGAAAACCUUCCGAUGGCGUGCCUUCAACUGGUAUACCUAGUCGUCCUGGUUCAAGUGCCCCAAACUCAGCCGAUGUUGAAAAAGGUUCGGAUGGAAAACCAAAACAACCACAAUCAGAACCUGAAUCAAGAGUUGCUUCGGCAUUCAAAGGAUCAAAAUGGGCUGCCGCAUUGGGUCGUGAUUCUAGCAAUGUUAGUCGUGAUGCUGAAAAGAAAGCACAUGAAGUGGAAAAUGCAUUGUUUGAUCGUGAUGAUCAUAAUUUGAAUCUAUCAAGAAAAACAGAAUUAGUUUGUAAGAAAUCUGAACAUAUACAAGUAGUUAAAGAUAUACGACCACCAACACAGGGUAAUAAAUGGCCAAGAGUUGCGACAGGAGGUAGUGUUAGACACGAAACAAUUGAAGAAACGGCUGAAGAUGAACAAAAAACCAAAACUGGUGGUAAUGAGACCGCCGAUUCCAAUAAAAUAUUGGUUCAACCAAAAAGUAUAAAUAGUGUUGAUUAUCAACAAAUUGUUGCCACAUUAGUUGAUAUGCGUAUUGAUCUGAAAUUAGAAAUGCAAAAACUUACUAACAAAAUUGGAAAGAUUGAUGAACACAUAUCGAAUAUAACUAAAAAAUUAUCCACAUUGAAUAUUGAUGUCGAUGAUCAUCAACAUUCACCGUCGACAGAUGUAACAGCCGCCUCUUCCAUAUUUUCUGCUCAAGCUGCAAAAAAUUCAAUCAAACCGUUUUCUACAAUGGGUCAGCAAAGUACAAUCGAAGAGGUCGAUGAAGAAGCUGUGACAACGCCAACAUCUAAACGGAUCGAUUCGACUGCCAGUAAAACUGGAACAACAAUCGCUAAAGAUCAUAAAGGAUUGGCCGCAACAACUAUCAGUGGUCAACAACAACAACAACAACGAUCAUCUGCACAUCAUCGUAGUAAAGUUAGUCUGGUAACGGCUGGUGUAAAGAAACAUGGUAAAUCUAAAUCUCAUCAUCAACCGACAUCAGGAGAUAUUGUUACUGGAGAUGAUGAUGAUCAACAACAUCAAUCUAAGAAACAAUUGCCCGAUGAUGACAUGCGUGCUAUAUUGGAAAAGGAAAUUGCACAACAAGAUUUAGAUAAUACUGAUGAAGAUCAAGAUAUGACCAGUAAAUUAUAGCUACAAAUUUUAUAUGUCUACCAAUUUAACAAAGAAAAAAAAAUAUGUUCGCCUUUUCUAAAUAUAAUUAUCGAUAAAGUCAAUCUCAACAGCCAUCAUCAUCAGCAUUAUCGAUC